GCCCGAUCCGUCCCCCCCUCACGUUUCUCUCACAGCGCAUUCGCGCGCUCUCUGUCGUCGACUUGAACGUGAACACUCUUUCCCUGUCGUUUCACGUGGUAAGGAACUGCCGUUUUACACCAUGGAUGAGAAUUCUGCUCUUAUAGAACAAAUUCUCAGAGAAGAUGAGCUUGAGAGAAACGGUGGUGCCACCACCAAGCACCAAAACGACGGCGGCUGGCAAACUGUGUCAUAUAACAAACGUAAGAAGAAGCCUUCGAGACUGGAUAAUUCCGCGGCCGAUCACCGCCCCAACGGCUCCGCCACCACAUCUGAUGUCUUCCGCUCGAUCGAGCUCCACUCUGAAGAUCGUCGCCGGCGAGCCAUCGAGGCCUCUGCCGCCAUGAAAGAUUCCAGCGUAGUCAGAUCAAACAGGAAUUUGGACGAAGACGGAGAAUACACCGACGAGGUUGCCUCCGCCGGUGAAGAUGGCGCGGCAGAGGCCAGCUUGAAAAAGGCCAAGCCCAAAAGGCCGAAGAAACCUAAAGUGACGGUAGCAGAGGCCGCAGCGAAGAUCGAUGCGGAACACCUGGGUGCAUUUCUUGUUGAUAUAACGGCAUCUUAUGAGUCGCAACAGGACAUACAGCUGAUGCGUUUUACUGAUUUCUUUGGGCGCGCAUUUGCAUCUGUGACUUCGGCCCAAUUUCCUUGGUUGAAGUUGUUCAAGGAGUCCUCAGUUGCAAAAAUGGUUGAUAUUCCCCUUUCUCACCUCUCUGAAGAUGUUUAUAAAACCUCAGUUGACUGGCUCAACAAGCGAUCACUAGAUGCAAUAGGUUCCUUCGUGUUGUGGUCAUUGGAUAGCAUUUUGGCUGACUUCGCAAGUCAUCAAGGAACUGCCAAAGGAACCAAAAAGACGGCUCAGCAAGUUUCGUCAAAGUCUCAGGUUGCAAUUUUUGUGGUUUUGGCCAUGGCACUUCGGCGUAAACCAGAUGUGUUGAUCAGUCUACUGCCUAUAAUGAGUGAAAAUCCAAAAUAUCAUGGACAAGAUAAACUUCCAAUUACUGUCUGGAUGAUUGCACAGGCUUCUCAAGGAGAUCUGGCUGUUGGUUUGUACUUGUGGGUUCAUGUUCUCUUGCCUAUGCUGAGUGGCAAGACAAGUAAUAAUCCUCAGGCCAGAGACUUGAUUUUGCAGUUGGUUGAGAGGAUUUUGUCCUCCCCCAAAGCUCGUCCUAUUCUGAUAAAUGGUGCUGUUCGAAAGGGUGAACGCCUAGUGCCUCCGUCAGCCCUUGAACUUCUACUGAGAGUCACCUUCCCAGUAUCCUCGGCUCGAGUAAAGGCAACUGAGAGGGUUGAAGCUGUUUAUCCUAGUUUAAAAGAGGUUGCCCUUGCGGGUUCACCUGGAAGCAAAGCAAUGAAGCAAGUUUCUCAACAGAUGUUGGACAUUGCUGUCAAAGCUGCUGGAGAAGGUGUCCCUGACCUAUCAAGAGAAGCAAGUGACAUUUUCAUCUGGUGUUUGACCCAAAACCCCGAAUGUUACAAGCAAUGGGACGCGUUUUAUCUUGACAACCUCGAAGCAAGUGUCGUGGUUCUGCAAAAGAUGUCUAAUGAAUGGAACGUCCACUCUAUUAGACACUUUACUCUUGAUCCCGUGAGGGAAGCUCUGAAGAGUUUUAGGCAGAAGAAUGAAAAAGAAUUGAAGGCGGCAGAGCCAGAAGGUACUGCCCACCAUGCGUUGUUAAAGGAUGCUGACAAGUACUGCAAGGUGAUUUUGGGACGAUUAUCGGGAGGCCAUGGAUGCAUGAAGAGUGUGGUGCUUGUAUCUGUAGCGCUGGCUGUGGGUGCUGCCUUGAUGUCCCAAAAUGUGGGAUCUGGGGACUUGCAGAAAUUGUCUGCAAUGUUUAGCUCACAUUGAACCCCCUUUCACUGUGGCAAGCUAGCAGUUCAUAUCUUUGAGAUGGCCUGUAUGCAAAAUGCGGUGAGGUACUUUCAAUUUAAUCGUUGACUUGAUCCAAUGAGAUUUAGGUAAGAAUACAAACAGGAGUAGUACUGGCAGGACCGAGGCACAAAAUUGCGCGAGAUGAAGGUCCUGCUGCUUCUGGUUUAUGGUUUCAAGUCAGUAUAGUGUCUUUUCUUUCUGAAGACAAUUUUACAGUGUUUUUUUAAAAAUGGUUGAAACUUUUUGAUUAUGAAACUGAAACAUGGAUAUACAGGAUUGGAAAAGCAUCAUAUUGUGUAUUUUCACA